AUGGUAGACGAAGCAGGAAAGAAGAUUAAUUCUCGAGAAGGACAGACACUGGGUGGAGAUGUGUUUUUUCUACCUCUCUAUAGGAUGGACGCUGAAUUCACAGAGAGCUCUGGCCGAGACGAACGGGUACCUGACGGCCAGGAAGCGCUCCACGCUCAUGACGGUGAUGAGGAAGAUGCUGGCGUACAUGCAGACAUGGACGAGGUACACCACGGCUUUGCAGGUAACCUCGCCGAACACCCACGAGCGGGCCAGCGAGUAGAUCCACAGGGGCAGCGUGGCCAGCGCGAGCAGGUCGGCGACAGCCAGGUGGAGGAUGAGCAGCACGGUGUGGGAGCGCUGCUUCACGUGCCUCAGGAUGGUCCACACCACCAGCAGGUUUCCCGGGGUGCCCACGACGAAGCACACGGCCAGGAUGACGCAGGCCCCAGCCAGGCCCGCCUCACCUACCUCGCCCCUGGCAUCUGGCGCCCCACCAGCCUCCUGAGCAGUGCUCGUACCAUUCAUGCCUUCUGUGAACACUCCACUAGCUUGACCAUCCCAGACUUCCUCAGACCUCCCUGGAGGUUUCUGGCGGUGAAGGCAUACAAAAUGGGGUUCAUGGAGCUGCUAAUGAAUGCCAGCGCCCCGGAGACCAACACCAAUAUUUCCAGGAAGUCCGUCGGCUCUUCUUGGCAGGCAGCCACGUCCUGCACUACCAUGACAAUGUUCAGAACAUGGUGGGGCAGCCAGCAGAGGGUGAAGGCCACCACCACGGCACGCAGCAUCUUCAGCGGGUACCUGACGGCCAGGAAGCGCUCCACGCUCAUGACGGUGAUGAGGAAGAUGCUGGCGUACAUGCAGACAUGGACGAGGAUGGUCCACACCACCAGCAGGUUUCCCGGGGUGCCCACCGCGAAGCACACGGCCAGGAUGAUGCAGGCCACAACACCCCCCACAGUGGACCAUUCUUCCACUGUGUCUCUGUCGUCACUGAAAUCAAGGCUGUUCAGUGAUCGACAUGGCUGCACGUUUAGACAUGUUAACCAUAUAAACACUGGGAAGUUAGGUUACCUCCAUCGUCUGCUUCACAAUUUGAUAUUAACUUGCAACAGGACAAAGUGCAUGACACUGUGCCACUGGGUCUGGUGGACACUUCUGGUGGAAUGUGGGGAGAAGGUUCUCUACUGUGUUGUCCCUCUCGAGCAGGUGCGUAUGCACUCAGGUCUGCUUGCUCAUGACAACCUGCUGUGGCUGUGUGACCAGGUGGCCAUUAUACAGUGCGGUAGCCGUCAUUUUUGAUUUCCAGGCAAUUUCCUGCAGUCAGACGUGGUCCUGCUGCCGAAGUGGUUCAGCGAUCGCGAGGUGCUGCACUGGGCCGAGGGGUGCAGUUGGGGGCAUUUACACCAGGAAGGCCACGCGAGCCAUGCAUCGGAGCCCACGUACAUUGUGAGCCUGGGUCUGUUGGUGAAUUACCCAGACUCCUCUCUGGGCCAGCUGCAUGUGAGCAGCAGUCUGGAGGGAAACAGAUUCUACAUCACAGGCACUGGAGUGCUCUUCCAGCAUGGAGUGAGUCUGGCCAGUUCCCUGGUGAGCUGGUUGGGAACGUCGUGUCUGCCUCUGACAAGGUCUAGAGAAGAGUUACCUAGCCUGUGUACUCACCUGCACAAAUGAGACGGGACUUACCUGGCUGUGAGAGAGGCCUUGAAAGAACUCUUCCAUAGGAGAGAAACCAGCAAAUCUCGCUCAGUAUGUGCCAGGUCUUGCUCUGCUUCUGUGACAACAUUCACCCUUUAUAAAGUUAUUAAAGUUUAUGCUGGAACUCACUGGUAUGCUACUUACUUCAAAACCCUUAUAAAGCACCCAGAGUUUCUCUGCAACUCGAAGACUAGCUGGAUUAUGUUUGGGGAGAGUCUGCUGUUGAAGGGAGAAGGACAGAUGUUCCGGCACGUUCUCAACUUCCUGAGAUGUGGCCACCUCCUGAUGUCCGCUGGCUUCAGGGAAUGGCCUUUGCUUUGUCAGAUCGAAGCUUUCCAGGUUCCUGCUCUGUCUUGUGCUCUGCUGGACUGCUCUGACUGCAGUGUUCUGCCAGGACAUGGUGUAAGGUUUAGGACUAACUCUUUCUCCCCCUCCCAGUUCACGAAGGACAAAGAUCGCUUCCCAGACACCAGCUCAGAUGACGAGAUCGAUCCGGUGCAGGUCAGAGGGAUAGACACGGAGUCCGUGAAAGGCAGCAUGUUUCCUGCCGCGAGCAGCGUGGUCUCUGUUGGAGGUUGCGUUUUGAGGGUGGAACACCCUGCCGUGCUGGGGAGAGGUGGCUACUUCACCCACAGCGUUAUCUAUACAGCUGAACAGCCUCCAAUAGUCCAACCUGCUGAGACGAAAGACUUGGCAUUUGCAUACACCAGCCUGACUUAUGAAGAGAUGGUGUAUGCUUGCCAAUGUCAUGCCUUCCUCACGGACGCCAUCCUCAACUCCGGCGUGCUGAGAAACAUCUGCGCUCGGAGCAUCACCGAUGUUUCGUCAGAGGUUCAGACACCUUCAUUCACUCUGCCAUUGAUAAAGUGCUAUGCUGAGUGUGUGUGUGAUUUACUGAGGAAGACAUCCCUCCAGACACGGUGUUUCUUCUUCAUCAGCAGUCGGACACAGCAGGGAUGCGUACCUUCUAAUUUCAGCCAGGGCAGUUUGGCACUACAACAGAGGCAAGAGAUGCUAGUAUAA